CAUGCUGUAGAGAAUUGUCUCCCUAGAUCAGAGAGGAAAAAGCUGCGGCGUGGGAGCAGUCAUGGAGAUUUCCACAGUGAGUGACUCUAACAUGCUGGUAGCCCUGGCAGUAAUCGGGGUAACUGUGUUACUGUUCCUGAUUAAAGCGCUGGGAUCUCAGGCUAAGAAAGCGCCGCUCACUCUGCUGGACCCCAAUGCCAAGUACCCACUACCUCUCAUAGAGAAACAGGAAAUCAGCCACGACACCAAGAAAUUCAGGUUUGGGCUCCCCUCGCAAGAGCAUGUCUUGGGGCUCCCUGUAGGUCAGCAUGUUUACCUCUCUGCCAAGAUCAAUGGGAGCCUGGUCGUUCGGGCGUAUACGCCGGUGUCUAGUGAUGAAGUCAAGGGCCACGUGGAUCUGAUAGUGAAGGUAUAUUACAAAAACGUUCAUCCCAAAUUCCCAGAGGGAGGCAAAAUGUCCCAACACCUGGACAGUCUUAAAAUAGGGGAAACAAUUGAUUUCCGGGGUCCAAAUGGGCUUCUUGUCUACAAAGAGAAGGGUAAGUUUGCCAUCAGGCCAGAUAAGAAGUCCGAACCAAAGCUUAAGGUGGCCAAACAUGUCGGAAUGCUUGCCGGAGGAACUGGUAUUACACCCAUGUUACAGCUGAUCCGGCAGAUCACCCAGGAUCCCAAUGAUAAUACAAAAUGCUCCCUCAUAUUUGCUAACCAGACAGAAGACGACAUUUUGCUGCGUUAUGAACUGGAAACUGUAGCCAAGAGCCACCCGGAGCAGUUUAAGCUGUGGUAUACACUGGAUCGGCCCCCGCAAGGCUGGAAGUACGGCGCUGGCUUUGUCACCGCAGACAUGAUUAAAGAGCACCUACCGCCCCCAUCCGAGGAUGUCGUUGUGCUGAUGUGCGGGCCUCCUCCCAUGAUCCAGUUUGCGUGCCAGGACAACCUGACCAAGCUUGGGUACCCCGAGGCCGGAAGGUUUGCCUACUAGCAUAGAAAUGACGCCAGAGCCGUCGGUGCCAAGGGAUGCCGCCAAGCUGCCACCAAUGCCAUGGAUACACGGAUGUUUUACCAAGGAGAUAUCAGUACAGCUGGGGUAUCCCGUAACAUUCCAAUGCUCAGGUUCUGCCCCAGUGGUGCCCCAAGGGCCGUGCCAAGACCAUUCCUGUUCUGUUCCCUCUGGGCUCUGCCCUCUACUCUGCUGGGAACUUUCCUAAUUCUCACGCAACUCAGUGGGUCUUUCUAUUAUCUCACCGGAAUCUGGAUGCACAAGAGCAUUCUGGGAUUGUUUUAACCCAUUCCUGGGAUCUGAUGUCUGUCUCAUAUUAAGGACUCUCAGUCUUCUGUGUGGAUUUUGUUUUAAUAGAGAGAUACAGAAUCUGCCAGUGUUUAAUAAAUAUGAGCCUACGUCUACUUUUA